AUGAUUAUUUUCCAAGACGUUAUUUCAGGUGAUGAAUUAUUAUCAGACGCUUACGAUGUCAAAUUAGUUGAUGAUGCCGUUUAUGAAGCUGAAUGUGCUAUGGUUACUGUUGGUAAUGGUGAUAUUGAUAUUGGUGCUAAUCCAUCAGCUGAAGAUGGUGAUGAAGCAUUAGAAGAUGGUGCUGAAACUGUCAACAAUGUUGUCUAUUCAUUUAGAUUACAACAAACUCAAUUUGAUAAAAAAUCAUUUACUACAUACAUUAAAGGUUAUAUGAAAAAAGUUAAAGCUUAUUUAGCUGAACAUGAUCCAGAACAAGUUGAAAAUUUUGAAAAAGGUGCAACUAAAUAUGUUAAAAAAGUUUUAGGUUCUUUUAAUGAUUGGGAUUUCUAUACUGGUGAAUCAAUGGAUCCAGAUGCUAUGAUUGUUUUAUUAAAUUAUAGAGAAGAUGGUACUACCCCAUACGUUGCUAUUUGGAAACAUGGUGUUAAAGAAAACAAAAUCUAA